AUGUUGCCCCUCAAGAAUCGACUAUCGGCCAGGGCCAUCAACGCCGUGCUCCUGGUGAUGUGCCUGUCCCUGGGCCUGGUCAUCAUCACCGGGUUCUCGUGCCGCAGCUUCCGGUACGAGGUGCGGAUCUCCGAGACGAAGGAUUCCCCGCUGAUAGCCUUUGGGCUGUUGAGCGUCUCGUCGCACAGAGAUUCGACGGAAGCGCCCCCUGUACCGAGAACCCAGGCAAACCCAUCCUCCGCAGCCGCGAAGACUUUCGACCCUACAAUGUUGAUUGGCAAUGAUGAUGUACACGUCGAGCGACUUGCCAGGUUGGAGGCCACGAUCGCAGGGAUGCGCGACUUCUUGGUGCGUCAUCUGUCGUCAUCCCCCGGUCGUGGAAACGACAACCGAGCAGCUGCGACUCUCAUCAAGGCACGGGAGUACCUCAGGUGUGCUUGGACGCGGGCAUUUUCCCACUACACGCUCUAA